GGUACUGUGGGGAGCCCGUGGGGAAGGAGCUCGUUUCCCGUACCGCCGCGGACCUCGGCCCGUGCACCCCUCCUGUAGGGCUGUGCCGCCGAGCGGGAGGGUGGCUCUGCGGCGCCCAGCUAAGGCUGUGCCCCGGGGCGCCCGCGACCUUCAGCCGCGGCGUCCUUUCCUCCUGCGCGGCGGGAGCUAAGGACAAGCAGCCAUGGCUGGCCAUGACUCGGGAUCUCAACACCAGUUCACUGGAUUUGCGAAGUACUUCAACUCCUACACCAUCACAGGCAGGAGGAAUUAUGUAAUAGCAACAUACACAGGCAUUGCACUGAUCGUCUUGUAUUUCAAGCUUAGACCCAAAAGCAAAACUCCUGCUGUGGCAGAUAAGUAAAUGGUUGCUGGCAUGUCUGAACCUCCAAUCCGUAUCAGUGUAAUGCAAGCUGAUGACCUGUUGUGGCUAAUAAAAUAUAAAUGAUUACUUGUUUUAUUGGAAAUAUGAAAUGGUGCAAAAAAGCACAAAUGUGCACUUCUUGUUUGUUCUCUGUCAAUAAUGGCUAUUUGUAGCAGAGAUGGAGUAACUGAUCGUUGUCAUUACAGUCUUAACUAAACUCUUACGCUGUUACAAGACAUCCUAAAGUGUUCUGAGCACCUGGUAGUAACCUGGGAAAGACCAUAAUAUUGGCAUAGAGCUUACAGCUGGUGAAGGUAUCUCCACACUUCCAUGUCUCAGUGGGUAACGGUGAGCUCAUGUGGUUUGCAGUUACCUGGUUGCUCCCAUUUUUUGUAUUCCAAGCUAGUAGCUUAUAUGGAAAUCAUGACUUCUUCACAGUUAUUAAUGCAAUGCAGAUUACAACUUCUGCCUCAGUUGCCCAUAUUUUGCAUAGAUCCUGUUUGGUUUUCGUGGAAAACCUCCCAAAUUAGACUGAUAAAGGAUGGUAUUUGAUUUACUUGCCUUUCAGAGAUAACUGCCAGAAAGAAAAUGGCUUCCUUUGCUGAUGUUAGGCUCUUGUAAUCCUGCAUGUUCAUGAACAGUGACUGAAAUAGUUCAGAUUUUCUUGGACAUAAACUCUUAAUAAAUGGGGUGUUCCUACCACAGUUAGAUAUAUGCAGCCCCCUCCCUGCCCAACACUAACAACUGUCUAUUGCAUUCUCCACAGUGUCUUUCUGUAGCUCAAAACAUAGACCCUUCCUUAGAUGUCCCCUUAGUGCUGAUGUGUAAAUGCGAUUAUAGGGCACCAUGCUUUUCAGAGGGGAGCCAGCAGCAGGGCUGAAGCUGGGACUGCCGGCGAUAAGAAUGCAACUAUACUCCCAAACUGAGGGCAAGAAGAGGUAGACAGGGUUGCUGGAAGAAAAGGAGAGAUAAAUAACAGGUCUUUGUGCUCUCUCACUCUAGUUUAUGUAUUUUUGAAGCCAUUUGUAGAUUCUGGGCCUUCUGAUUAAAUGUAGUUAUCUUCCUCUCCCGUGAGUUUUGUUUUAAUAAAUGGCCUUUGCUGUA